GUGCCGACCGGCGGUGAGGGGCGGCCGUGGCAGCGGGGCCGGCGGGAGGGAGGGGGCCGUGCUCGGCCGCUCGGCGCAGGCAGCGCCCCGGCCGCCCGAGCCUCCGCCGGGGGGCGGCCCCGCGCCGCCGCCGGCCCUCGCCGCCAUCUUGGCCGCUGCCCCGGGAGCGGGACGGGCCGCGCCGGGCCGGGGGAGAAAAUGAUCCACAGCCUGUUUCUUAUAAACUGUUCUGGUGAUAUAUUCUUGGAGAAGCACUGGAAGAGCGUUGUGAGCCAAUCUGUGUGCGAUUAUUUCUUUGAAGCUCAGGAGAAAGCAAUUGAUGUUGAGAAUGUGCCUCCUGUCAUCUCAACUCCACACCACUACCUCAUCAGCAUCUAUCGGGAUAAAAUCUUCUUUGUGUCUGUAAUACAGACAGAAGUGCCACCCCUCUUCGUAAUUGAAUUUCUGCACCGAGUAGCAGAUACUUUCCAGGAUUACUUCGGUGAAUGUUCUGAGACGGCAAUUAAGGACAAUGUAGUAAUUGUGUAUGAACUUCUAGAAGAAAUGCUAGACAAUGGCUUUCCACUGGCAACAGAAUCUAACAUACUGAAGGAGCUGAUUAAGCCUCCCACAAUUUUGCGCUCUGUUGUCAACUCCAUCACAGGCAGUAGUAAUGUGGGAGAUACACUUCCUACUGGACAGUUGUCCAACAUUCCUUGGCGCAGAGCGGGAGUAAAAUACACAAACAAUGAAGCCUAUUUUGAUGUCAUUGAAGAAAUUGAUGCGAUUAUAGACAAAUCGGGUUCCACAGUCUUUGCAGAAAUCCAAGGUGUUAUUGAUUCGUGUAUAAAGCUCUCAGGAAUGCCAGAUCUUUCUCUGUCUUUCAUGAACCCACGGCUGCUGGAUGAUGUCAGCUUCCAUCCAUGUAUUCGGUUCAAACGCUGGGAGUCUGAGAGAGUCCUUUCGUUUAUUCCUCCCGAUGGGAAUUUCAGACUGAUCUCCUACCGCGUCAGUUCCCAGAACUUGGUGGCAAUUCCUGUAUAUGUGAAGCACAUGAUCAGCUUUAAGGAAAAUACUUCUUCAGGAAGAUUUGAUGUUACCAUUGGACCAAAACAGAAUAUGGGAAAAACAGUAGAAGGAGUUGUCAUGACAGUUCACAUGCCAAAGGCUGUACUUAACAUGAACCUCACUGCUACACAAGGCAGCUAUACAUUUGACCCAGUUACUAAAGUGCUAACAUGGGAUGUGGGCAAAAUUACCCCUCAAAAGCUACCAAAUCUGAAGGGCAUAGUGAACCUGCAGUCUGGAGCACCCAAGCCAGAGGAGAACCCAAGUUUAAACAUCCAGUUUAAGAUACAACAGCUUGCAAUUUCAGGACUGAAAGUGAAUCGUCUAGACAUGUAUGGAGAAAAAUACAAGCCUUUUAAAGGUGUCAAAUAUAUUACAAAAGCAGGAAAAUUCCAAGUCAGGACAUGAGAAGAUGCUAAGAGGAAAUUCCCCUUAAAAAAACUUGACUGCUUAGUGACUUAUGUUGGUUAGGUGCCAAUUAAUUAAUAGACACUGAUUAGUUUGGGAUCAAAGCAUUUGUGCACAGCAGCUCUUAGUAAGAAAGCAUAGCUUAGUUUUUCUUAAUAUGCUUUAAAAUAAGGUACUUUUUUUCUAUUACACUUACACUCUUUUUUUACUGAAUUGUUGUGCUGUUGAAUAGUUUGAUAUGGGCAACCCACAAAAUGUUGCAAACACUACACUGCCAGGCAGAUACCAAAGCCCUGAGGUCAAGCACAUUCUGAAGGCCAGACAGGCCACUGGAGAAGUCUUCUGGUGGCAUGUUUUGCUGCUGCAGCUGCCUGCAAAGAAAGCUCAGUUCCACCCACAGCCAGCUGCAAGCUGGCAUUCCACAAAGCAGCACGUAAUCCUUUCAGAAAUAGAGAGCAGCAGUGAGAGGGGCAGGGGUCCCCCCAGGGCCUGGGACAUUGCAAGUGUCACUCCUGAAAAAGCUUCUGAUGAAGUAAAAAAUAAUUUCUAUGUUGUUUACAAGAAAUCGCCUUUCUUAAGAAGCAUUUGCCUUAAUCAGCUUUCAUUUCUGCCAUCUGCAGAUGAGCUGAUAAAAAUAACAUCCUGCAUUAAAUCUGGGAGGUGAUUGUUGCUUCAGUAAUCCACUUUCUUUCCAUUCAAUCUCAUCAUCCCCACCAUUUUUUUUAAGAAUACAGUUGCAGAGAGUAAGAUCUAUUUUUUAUGUGAAGCCUUUGCUUUGACUUAGAUGUUCCACUUGUUAGAAGUGGAUGCCACCAGAUCUGUGCAGUGUGUACCUUUGAGCGUAGCUUUUUAGAUAGCACAGUAGAAGUGUUAAGUGUAUUUAAUGAUUGUGUGCUUUAAUGUUCUGAAAUAAAGGGAACUCUACUGCA